AUGGCCCCCACCACAGUUGGGGUGAGCCUCAUGCUUCCUCUCAAGCUCGUGCCGCCGCUGUUGAACCUUCUUCUUCUUCUUGCGCUCCUGUUGUUGGAUUAUCUCGUAUAUAAACAUGUGAGUAAAAAAGAAAGCACAAGAAUACCAGUACCGCCGGCGUCGACGACCACCACUGCCGUGGAUUCUGCUUCCCUCCACUUCAAGCUAAACUACGAGCAAGUCAAGCACCUUGCCAUCGGCGAGGUCGUCUCCGUCGGCCAACACCUGUGGAGGAUCGACUGUUACCCGCGGGGACCCGUGUUCUACUCCAAAAAUGACAUAGGAAAUUACGUUUCCUUCGUCGCCUUCAUAAAGGAUAGAGAUGACAAUCCAUCAGAAAUACGAGUAAAGACUUACCUUCACAAGUUCACAUUCAUGGGCGACCCCGCCAACCUUGACGACUGGGGGUGGCGUCGGUUUGUGGAAAGAACGGUCCUCGAGGAAAACUAUGUUAUUGAAGGACACAUCACGUUCGUAUGCACCAUCAUGGUCACGCGUUAUACUACCCCUCAUGUCACCGUGCCGCCAUACGACAUCAAGAACCAUCUCGGGUGCUUACUGGAUCAGGCAUAUGGGACGGACGUGUCAUUUACUGUCGACAGCGAGAAAUUCCCCGUGAACCGAGUGAUUCUUACAGCCCGCUCACCCGUCUUCAAGGCAGAGCUUUUUGGGUUCAUGGCUGAAGCUACAAUGGGAUCCAUCACGCUGCACGAUAUCACACCUUCAACAUUCAAACGUAUUCUUCGGUUCAAAUACACGGAUGAGUUUCCUACAACAGAGGAUAACCUUUCCAACGAGGUAGUGUUUGAUUUACUCGCCGCUGCAGACCGGUACGCACUAGACCGGCUAAAGCUUAUGUGUGUCCAAAAGUUACGGGAUAAUGUGUCAAUGGAUACAGUUACGGAUAUUCAAGCUUGCGCUGACAUGUACAAUUGCCUCGAGUUGAAGAACAAGUGCAUUGACUUUAUUGCAAAAGAGGAAAAAGCAAAGAAGUCUCUUGUUUCAAAAACGGUGCGAAGAAGCCCACGACUUCAUCAGGCUAAGCACAGAUUUCAUAGAUUAUUUUUGAUGAGUUUAGACUUUAAUUAG